AGAAUUAUGAAGUUCAAACGCCUAAAAAAUCGAUACUUCGAUCAACCUCUCGAGCUACAUCUAAUCCAGCCUCAUUUGAAGCAGAAGAAGAAGAAUAUGAUAAUGAUGUGGGUGAAACUGACUUGUCAACAAGUGUUUCGCUGGUUAAUCUACGAUCUACAUCUCCUGAAAUUCGACGUCGACGAAACUCUACAAAUCGUUUAUCCGACUAUCCUAUGAAUGGUAAUCAUUCGGACAGUGAAAAUCCUGAGCAUACUUUAAAUCGUAGAACUGUAUUAUUUCUUGAUCAAGUUGCUGCACCCGACAGGAAUCGUACAUCAAGAACGCUGAAUAUCCCUUCAGAAAGUGCUAAUCGUAAUUAUUCUACUUAUUCUGGGCAUAGAUCACCAACAACAUUUUCACGUACAAUCAGUCCGUCGUCUUCAUCCUCUCUGGCUUCUUAUCCAGCGAACUAUGAACCGUCACCUUUGAUACGUAAAAAGACAUUUGAUGAUCCUGGAAUUGAAUUAGUCAGCUGUACACCGCUUCCAUAUUCAACAAUAAGUCAACCGGAACCAACAUCAAAAUUACAAAAAUUGAAAUCCGCACGUAAACAUCUACCCAAUGCACUGAAUGCAUUUCAUAAAAAGAGGAAAGACACUAGAAAACCAGGAAAGUUUAUGUUUUCAGUAAAUCAAGAAUCGGAUGGAAUUGAUAAAAAUAUGUACUUUUACGAGAAUAAUAUUAAUAAUAAUGAGUUACAUCAAGAAAAUAAUAAUAAUAGUAUCUAUGAAGAAUUACAACGUUUAGAAUCAAAUGAUGAGUCUGUUCAUGGUGUUCACGACAUGUUUGAUAUUAUAGAGAAUAGUGAAUAUUAUUCAACUCAAGGAAAAGGCAUAAAUCGAUUUGGAAACAGUGGAUAUGAUCAAAAAGGAUCAACGCUGACAACUACUCGUAUAACAACACCUGUCAAGAUCGAUCGUCAGAAUCCUGAUAUCCGUCAUGUCGGAAAUGACUCUCAAUUAAACCAGAUCAGAGUUACUGCCAAGAAUUCAAGUCAAUCUCGUCAACAGGAUAAGACACCAACAGGUAGUACAGAAACACUCGUCAGUAUGUCAAGACAACUACUAUCAGACGAUCGAGCCUAUUACGAUAUGCCACUUAUUUAUAGAAAUGGACAGAUGACCAGAGUUAAGCUACCAGAAUUUUCAUCAAGCACUCUUCGUAAUCCUGAAGCUUAUACUGAUCGAAUAAUUGAUAGAAGUCAAAGUGCUAUGAAAGCGUCAACCUCACCUACACAAAAAUAUAAUAUUACUAGCGUGAGUAAUACUAAUAAUAAUACUAACAAUAAUAAUUCACAUGCAAUAAACUCACAAUCUCCACGAAUUAUCUACGUAUCAAAACAACAUACAAUUAAUCCUGACCUUAGUAAUAAUGCUCCGACAGUGAAUCGUAACAGAGUCAUUUCAAUUUCAACAAUGUCUGAACCAAGUACACCAAGAAUGUAUUCAGUGCAUUCUGAGCAUAAAAUUGAACGAACUUAUACAAAUAAUCAAUAUAAUUACACUUCAGCUCCUAUGCCUUCACAAAUGCGCAAAGGAAGUGUUUCAAUUAUACACUAUGAUACUACUAAUAAUCAUAACGACAAUUCUGACGAUGAUUAUACUAAUAAACGAGAAUAUAAUUUGUGAAAAUGAUCAAUCUAUUCAAAAAAAAAUUAUCUUCAUUGUUUAUUUAUUCUUUCAUUCAUAAGCAUUCUCGUUUUCGUUUGCUUCUAAUGUUAACAAUCAAUUUUCUUAACUCACCAUUUUUACGAGUUCAUAAUGCAUCUGACCAUCAUAUUACAUGCAGUUUAAAAGUGUAUAAAAUCAAUAACUUUCAGUCUGAUUUAGUAUGAAUCGAUAAAUAAUGAAUGUUUCAAGAAGGAAGCACUGAUUGACCAAUAAGAAUACGCUUUCUUCUUAUCAACACCCACACACACAAGAUGACCUUGAAGUGACUAUUAAUGAGCCAAUCAAAAGAGAGGAAAACUGUAUAAAUAAGAUCUAACUUUAUAAGAUAUUUAUUUUUCAACGGACUAGCCCAACAUUUCUGUGUUAUGUUAAAAUUAAUUUAUUCUCAUUAUUAUAUGUAUGUUGCAAUGAAAGCUCAUUUUUGUGCAAAAUAUUAGUUGUUUUUGAUGUAACGAACAUGCUUAAUUUUUUGGUUGGAAAAAAGAAAAUAUGAUAAGGUAGAUCACUUUUAAUUUCCAUUUUCUUUUUCUUACAACACGCAUAGUAACUCUACAGUUUUUUAAUCAUAAAUAUUGAGGAAUGUUCAUAGUAAAAGAAAUAAGAGACUUGUUAUAUGAAAUUUAAGAACCUUUUAGAAUUUAGUAGUAUCGUGUUUAUUUAUUGAACCUUUUUUAUGGGGAAAUUUCUUUCCUACAAGUGCUUGUCACACACACACAUAUACACACUGGAGAGUGUAAUCACUUGUUUAUUUUGAUCAGUUAUUUGAUUUUAUUGAUUUUUGUUGUAAUGUUGUAAAGAAAAGAAAUCUUUUCAUUCUGAGUGUUUUGUUUUAUCUCACCUUGAAUGAAAUUUACUUUAAUUGGGAGAAAUAUCUAAAUUUUUAGAGCA